CUUUCACUUUCGCAAAUUUACACACUAGCAUCUCGAAUGAAAAAGCGAUAACUCAUUUCGCUCUUAUGAUCGCCUUUGCAUUUUUUGCACUCUAACAACCUUAUAUUAGCAAUGAAGUUGCAAGUGUCUCCGUAAAAGCUACCGUGCAUUAUUGUCUUUACUUAAGAAAAAAGGCCCUGUUGGAGCACCAUAUGCUUGCCGUAUUUUUAUUAUGUAACAACAAAACAGUGUUGUAGCCUGCGUUGUUGGACCGUUUUACAUGGGUGCGUUCAAUACCGAGACCGAUACGAUUCAGCACUAACAAGAUAAGCGUCAUAGGAUAUAGGAGAGCCACUAUAAAUACUAUGUCCUCCAUCAGAGCCAGUGUAAUUGUUGUUGGGGCGGGGAUGGCCGGUCUCUCAGCGGCACAGCAUCUCUUCAACGCCGGGUUCACCGACGUUCAGAUUCUGGAAGCCAGUGAUAGACUUGGUGGACGGGUACACACGUAUGAUAUUGGUGACCACAAUGGCAGGUCCGCUUUGAUCGAACUCGGCGCUAAUUUUAUUCAUGGAACCCAUGGAAACGCAGUGUAUAGCUUAGCAACAGAGCACAACUUACUCAGUCCAUUCGUCUUACUAGACAGAAUGGGAGGAUGUGUAUACACCGAAGAUGGCAGGAGGAUAGACCAAUCUCUGACUGACAGGGUCUGGAAGAUCUUCCAUGAAGUGGAAAAAGAGCUGGAAGACAUUGUGUCAGAGAACACGGAUCCCUCCGCUGACGUAGGGAGGUAUAUGGAAGAUCGUUUACAAGAGAGGCUUGGACAAUUUGCCCCUGACCAACAGAGUGACAUCCGAGCUCUGUUGAACUGUAUGCUGAAUUAUCUAUCAUUGUAUUCCGCAGAAGAUCUCGAAAAGGUGUCCCUGAAAUAUAUAGGUUGUUACCGGGAGAUAGAUGGCAAGAAUGUCAUAUUACCAAAAGGUUUCCGUAGUAUCAUAGAUGUUAUAGCACAAGACUUGCCACCAAAUACGCUUCGUUUCAAUACAAAAGUUGAAAAGAUAAGUUACCUUAACACUAAAACUGUUACCGUCUCUUGCCAAACUCCCUCUGGAAAAAGAACUUUUGAAGCAAACCACGCAAUAGUCACGUGCUCUUUAGGAGUUCUAAAAUCUUGUCACUCUGAUAUGUUCGAGCCCCCGCUACCAACAAAAAAAGUCAAAUCUAUUGAUGCCAUUGGUUAUGGAACUCUCAAUAAAAUAUUUCCAAAAUGGAAAGAGCCAUUUUGGCAACGCGGAGAGGGACGUAUGCAAUUUGCCUGGAAAACAAGAAACACUGCCAGCAGAACCUCGCAAUGGUAUAAAAGUUUAUUUGGAUUUAUUGAAAUUCUUAAUAAUGACUCUACUUUGUGUGGCUGGAUUCAUGGAAAAGCGGCCGAACAUUUAGAGACUCUGACCGACCAAGAGGUUAUGACCCAAUGCGUGACACUAAUCCGUCAGUUUCGAGGUGACCCGAAGAUCCCAGCGCCCACGGAAAUUCUUAGAUCCGCGUGGCAAACCAAUGAGUUUACCCGUGGUUCCUAUAGUUUUUUGUCCCAGAUGUCCUCCCCCGAAGACAUUGCUUGUCUAGGGGAGCCCCUGUACGUUGAAGAGGCACCCGUUGUUCUGUUUGCCGGGGAGGCGACCCAUCCUCAUUUCUUUUCGACCACACAUGGGGCUCGCGAGUCAGGGAUCAGGGAAGCUGAACGUCUUGAAAACUUCUACCAAAAACAACUUCGUCCUUGAUAUUUUAUUUAAGAAAAAAAUGAGGAAAAAUGAAUCAUUCUUUUGGUAUUAUGAGGUGAUCUUAUACGGUCAGGAUGAUCAAAUCCAAUAAAGCCCGAAGGGCUUUAUGAUAGAUUUGAUCACGUCCAUUAAAGCCCGAAGGGCUUUAUGAUAGAUAUUUGACCACGCCCAACCGUAUUUGAUCCCCUUAUAAUAUUCAAAGAAUGAUGCCUUAUUACUUAUAUUCAUAUAUCAUAAUUUUCAGUAAUUGUACGAUUAAAUAUUAAACUAGUUAUUAACGAAAUGUUAUAAAAUCGAUUCGUGGUGUUAUAACAGACAAAGACACUAGAUAAUUUAAAUAUUUGAUGGUAAAACGCAAAAGGGAUAAUUCUAAAGUCUGUCAACCUGAGUUUUACCGUAGAGCUGCAGACAUGAAGCUUGUAUUGUGAACAGAAGUGGACAGGCAAGUGGACAGGCAUAGCUUAUAGCCUAGGGUGUAGGCUAUGCCUGUCCACUUUUCAAAAGAGAAUACUGCAGCAUGGCUUUCUUGUACAUACAUAUGGCUUCAAAAACUAUUUUUGCUUCUAAUAUAGGUUUUGAAAAAAGAGGGAAAGAGCAAUUGACAUAUAUAUUGAAUUGAUCUGAUACUUGGAUCAAGUUUAUGUUAAUUAUUCAUCUUCUUAUAUGUUUAUAUAUUUCUAUAUUUAUCAGCAUAUAUCCCACAGGGGCCAAGCCCGUUUUAACAAUAAUAUCAAUGUAACCAUAAUAUAUUUUUGGCGUCACAGUGAAGGUUUUGAAAUCACCAAUCAGGCCCCGCCAUCACCAACUUUCCUCAAGUCAAUUCUCAGCCUCAAAUCUGAGGUUUGACCUCAAAUUUAUGUACUUUUCGUUAAAGGAUUUGAGUUGAGGAACGAGUUGAGGGAUUUGAAAAUUUUGGUGACGGUGGAGCCAGGACUUUUCCUUAUAGAUAUUAAAAUGCAUGCGCACAGAUCAGCAAAUUUUUAUGUCAAAAUGCAUAGACCAGCAAUUUUUAUGUCAACAUGCACAAAUCAGCCAUUUUUAUAUAAAUAUUUUAA